AGUUAUGCUCAUAUCCACAAGUUUAAAGUUCUUGACAAUGUUAACAUCCAACGGAUUCGGUGGCACCAAUCCACCAAAAGGAAUGCCAUAUCCACCAACCUACCUUUACACAGAAGAACCACAAAACGAAUGUUGCUGCUGUUGGUUAUGCAGAUUACUGUGUUGUUGUUCUCCAGUCGAUCAGACCGCCUCACGCAGUCGCAUGAAUGCCAGUCAACCGCCUCCCGGAGGCGGAGGACGAUUACCAGAUGAGGUGUUCAGGAAGAUCACAGCCGUGGAUCAGGGACAAAGUACACUUACACAGUCUGGAAUACAGGGACUAAGUGCUCGAACUCUGAGCUCAGAACCAAGAGGUGAUCUAGUCUUCCAACUUGUCGAAAUAAUUAAGAAACCAGGCCAAUCUUUGGGUUUAUAUUUGAGAGAAGGAAAUGGAAAAGAUCGAUCUGAUGGAGUCUUUGUUUCAAGAUUUGGAGAUAAUUCAGAACUUGCAAAAUACGGUGAAGUGAUGCGUCCUGGUGACGAGAUUCUCACAAUUAAUAAUGUGGAAGUAUCGAUGAUGAGUAUAGAUGAUGUUGUUCUUAUUCUUAGCAUACCCAGAAGAUUAUUACUCAGGAUACGUUAUUCAAAGUCAAUGAGACAUGAAAUAAUAUCAAGUAGAUCCAGAGAAAGCGAACGACCUGUCGUUGUAUUUCAUAAAUAUGACGAUCGUCGAGACAGUGAAACGAACGCUCCUAUCCUCUCCCAACCAACUUCUACAGCGAAUACGUGGCUCGGGAAGAAAAGUCGGCAGCAAAUGGAGGAGAUGCGAAACGCAACAACAUCUUCUACACUACGUACUCAUGCAAGUACAUCAUCACCACGUAACCAUUUUGCUCCUCGACUCGUAAAUGGUCAUUCUCAUUCAAUUGGUGUUCCAUCUGCUUCCACCACUUCCCAUGAUCAUCAAUAUCAAAGAUUCGCCUCUGAGCCAUCCGACUCAGUUUCGCGGACAGCUCGAGUGCCACCUCCUCGGCUGGCUUCUGCCACAGUUCGAAGGACAGAGAGUUUUAACUCGGCGCCUGGAGUUUCAACUAGUGCACCAAUGUACACGCUACCUCGAUCUUCAACAGCAGUACCACCACCUGAUAUUCUUGGCUCAAUUCCAUAUUCAGCACGAGAUCCUCUCAUGCGUUCUUCUGCCGACCUUCCAUACGACCCGAUGACUGGCCGUUUGUCUUCUUCUGUGCCAACAGACCCGUUAUUAUCUCGCUCGUUGUGCUCGCCAAUCCUUCCACGAACUCUUCGUCAAGCGAACGAUAGUAACAAAAGCAAUUCUUUGCCUCGUCGAAGGAUCAUGACUGGUGGUAGAAAUGUCAAAUGGAGAAAUGAUGUUGUAUCAACAUCUGAUCUUUGUGGAGAAGAAAGUGAUGGAGCAAUAUCUGCUCCGGAAUACUCGUCUCCUCCAUUUUCCAGACUAACCCAACAGCAACAAUUUCGAUUGUCUAAUGGAAGUCCGGGAAGAACUGUGAAUGACAUUUUCUCAGCAGCAGAAUAUCGAAAUUGGGCAGGACCAUAUGAUCCAAGGGGAAUGUAUGGACCAUUUCCACCCGGACAAAGAGCAACACGAUGGUCACAUACAUAUGGAGAACAAAGAGCUCCAAGGACGUCAUCUCUACCAGGAAGAACAGUAUUAGCUCAAAGUCUUGUUGGAAGUCCAGUAUUGCCACGCCAUCCACCUCCAAUUGUUCAAGAUCGGCCUUCUGCAGUUUUUGAUAGAUAUCAUGUUUCACCAUUGAUGAACCGAAGAGCACCGCUCCGGGCAGCUGGUCCAGGAAUAAACGUGGAUCGCUUAAGCGUGAGCAGUUUAACUGGAAUUCUUUAUGUUCACAUUGUCGAAGGACGUGGGCUUAAAAUUCCAGAGAAACAAAAAGGGCUCACCGAGGAAAUGUAUUGUGUUCUUGAGGUGGAUGAACAACAUCGAGCUCGGACUGGUGUAUCGACCAUUGAGCAGAAGUUCAAGUGGCGUGAAACAUUCCAUAUUGAUGUUGUUAAUGCAACGGUUUCGAAUUUUUUCGUCUACUCCUGGCAUCCACAGUUCCGACAUAAACUUUGCCACAAAGGUUCUCUGAAACUUUUGGAAGCAUUUGUCGUCGAUCAACUAAAUGAUGAUAGAGUUUUCGCUUUAAAUUUGGAGCCACGUGGUCAGCUUAUUGUUCGAAUUGGAUUUCAUGAUUUACAAGCAGUAUUCCGAAGAACAGUAAAUCCCCGAUUGAAUGGAGUAUUUGGAAUUUCAUUAUCAAGAUUAGUUCAAAGAGAACGCCGAGAUACACCAAUUGUUCUCACAAGGCUUAUUCAAGAAAUUGAGAAAAGAGGAGUGGAUUACAGUGGGCUUUACGUUUUAUGUGGCUCCGUGGAAAAGAAAAAGAUGUUACGAGCCGAAUUGGAAUCAAAUCCACUUGGCACAGAACUUGCCGCGGAAUCAAUUCCUGACACGAAUGUGAUUGCUUGUCUUAUUAAAGAUUUCCUUCGAGAACUUCCGGAACCUUUAAUAUCUCCUCAAAUUCACGGAAUGCUUCUAGAAGCUGCUUCAGUUGCACUACCAAAUGAUGUUCAAACGAAUCGACAUCUCGUCUUAAAAAUCAUUGACUGCCUUCAACUCUCUGCUAAAAACUGUCUACUUCUAGUUCUUGAUCAUUUGAGUACAGUUCUAUGCUCUUCUCCACAUAAUGGGCUGACUCCGACUCGAUUAUCAUUGAUAUUUGCACCACUUCUUUUCUUUUGUCUCGACACGUUCUCUCCAUAUACAAUAUCACCAACAUCCAAAAUGGCAGCAGUCCGUACACUCGAUAUCAAUCAAGCAUCUUCAAGUCUCCAAAUGAUUUUGUCGAUAUGGCCCUCAAGAGUUAACAGCGAAAGCGGAUCAGAUAGUCCGGCCACGACAUGUCAGAAAGGAGGCGUCAUCGCCUAUGUCUCGGAAUCGCAGUGCUGAUUUCCUCCACAAAUAGAUUUGUUUCAAUCUCUAGGUGCAUUUUCUCUUGUCCCGUUCCUUUCUAUUAAAAUACCGGUAAUCUACAGAAAUGUUAUACGUUGAUUUCAUGCCUAAUCCCUCGCCUUUACUUUUCAAACCAUGAAUACUCCCUUUUUAUCCUGAUAUUUUCAAUUUAUUCGUUUUUAUUCAAAUAAUGUUUACCAUCAUUGUCUUUCCCUUUCCGAGCAAUAUAGACAGUUUUUGUCAGUGCUCUUUGAGUCCUCAUGGGUGUUGUUCUCUUAAAUGAUACAAAUGUGCUCACUAGCCGUUUUAUUGAAUUUUGAUUAAAUGAUUUGAUAACAUACAAUUUUAUUAUUUAUGAACAAAUGAAUCAGUUUUUGUUU